CGGGCACCCCGGAAGCGUCGAGCAGCACCGGGGAGAGGGGCACGAAACACUCGUCGUGGUUUUCCCCGCCGCCCUCGACGACCUCCGUGCCGCCAUGGCGGUCGCUCAUGAUGCUCGACGCUGCCGGGCCGGGUGCAGUCGUACCACCAACACGUCCAGUAAUCCGACACCGGCACACCAUUGAACAAUGUGACCCCAGUAGGAGGCAGCUGCACUCCAAAUGGUCCACAACCUCACCUCACUUGAAUAGAAUGUACUUGAUGAACGCGCCCACUGUCGCAGCGCCUCGCACAAAGUGGAGAGCAUGCGGACCGCCAGGGGGCUAUAGCAUUCCCGUCUGCUUCAAUGACUCGGACACAGAAUUGUCCGCCAGGGGUUCUCCUGUCUCAAACAAGGUCCAGAUGAUCAUUGAGAGCCUGAGGAGCAGUCAGUCCUCACUCGAGAUGAGCGACGAGGUGGAGGGGAAUGUGCUUCAGAGACAGGACAGGCCUCCCCAGGUCUGUAAGGCUGCGGUGGGUUCCCUCGUGACAGCCAAAUCCAAAACAAAAAAACGUCAGACUGGUGUUCCUUUCAAGGACAGUGACCAGAGCAGUGAUAGUGAUGACUCUGUGGACAAAGGAAUCGAGGAGGCCAUCCUGGAAUACCUGAAGAAGAAGGACGGCCACAAAUGCAAAGCAGAACCUUUUGUUCAGUCAUCCAGGCAAACUGUUCCUGAAAUAAAGUCGGAAAGCCAGGCCUUUUCCAUCAUGAGAAGCCACUUUCCCAAAAGCGUCAUCCAAGCGACACCAGCUACUGUACCCGUGAAAAAGUACAUCAAACACAAGGCUUCGCUGCAUGAGGCCGCUGUCAACACUGAGUUGGCACGCAUCAUGCUGCAAGAUCAGGUGACAAACACCAUGAACCCAAACAGUCUAGUAUGCAAGACAGAAGUGGAGGACGUUUCCAAUGACUCCAGCAGUGACGACGGCAUCGAGGAGGCCAUUCAGAGUUACCAGCUGAAGAGGGUUGAGCAGCAGACAAGUGCGGACACUUUCAAACCGCUUGCCUCCGUGGACGAGUCGGACUCCUCUAGCGACGACGGCAUCGAGGAGGCCAUUCGCAGCUAUCAGCUCGAGCAACUCCGAGAGAAGAGUGUCCCUAAAUCACAAGACCAUUUGGCGUCGAACGCCUCUGGAAGUACAGGCGUCGACUGCACCAAAAGACACAAACUCAAAAAGAAAAAGAAACGAGCGGAGAAGGCAACAAAAUCCGUGGAAGCGCCGUCUCCGUUUCUCUUCACUGAUUCGCUCAGCGUCAGCCAGAGAAGCAAAGGCAACGGUUUGCUCUCAUUCAGAGUCGAAGGCUUUACUGACCAGCCAACCCCGGCCCUCCCGAAAGCCAAUACUACCGCUGAGCUCAUGUGUGCAGAAGCAAUACUUGACAUCUCCAAAACAGUCAUGCCUGUAGUCUUCAUGACCCAUCCUGAUGUCAGCCCUAGUGGCUGCGCGCCCACCGGAUCCAUGCGACAUUCCGCUACUCCGGAGGGGGACAGCGGGGGCAGCUCAGUCGACAGUGAAGAUGGGAUCGAGCAAGAGAUUCUGAAAUUUCUUGAGCAGAAGGCGCAAAUGCUCAAACGUCCACCCGGAGAACCGACAGCGACGAAACAAGAAGUAACUCCGGAGAAAUCUCCCAGAUUGUCGUUAACGCAGAGGCGGAAACACAAAGACAAUAAAAUCUCUGUGUCUGCGGUAGACCCGACCACCAAACCUUUUGAGGCACAAAGCCCACCGCUGGUCUCUCAGAGAUCGCAAGACGAGACGGAGCAAAUUGGAGACAAGAGUAGCUCACUCGACAGCGAUGAGGAUCUCCACACAGCCAUCAAAGCCCUCCUCAAGACAAAGAAGAAGUCCAAGAGGAAGACGAGGUCUGAGCGCGAUUCUAGGAAGCGCCUGAUUUUGGAACCUGGACCAAUGCGAGCCACCACCAAAAAGGCAAAACUCAUUCCUUCGUCCAAACUUAGUGUUUUGAAAAAGGUCCAUCAGAGGAAAAGCAACUCGAAAGACACGCUGGGAUCAAUUAAGAAGACCGCUCCGCCAAAUAUGUUCACCAGUAAAAGUCAGGCAAACUGUUGUCAGAAUGAAGUCCAGGGCCCUCUGCUCACAACUGCUUGCCAGAUUAAAGACGAGAGCAGUUCGGUAGACAGCGACGACAGCAUCGAGCAGGAGAUCCGAAAGUUCCUCGCUGAGAAGGCCGAGAAGGUUUCCGAGAGAACAAACGAAGCGCCCACCAACGGCGCCGCCUCUGUGGACUGUGCCCCCCUGCGAAGUGACCUUGAACAGGAAGAUCAGCUGGCUGAGAUUCCGAGACAAAGCGUCAGUCCUUUGGGGCAACCUCAAGAUAAACCUCUGCCCGUCACGACGGACAGCUCGGCGGCCACUUCCGUUUGUCCGCCGUGGUCCUGCAGCCCCAGAACUUCGCCGUGGUCGGCUCGAGCUGAACAAAAGGCGCCGAGACCUACGAGGGCCGCCGACGGAAAAACGGAGACGGUCCCGCCUCUGGAUCAGUCCAUCAAGUGGCGCCAGAGUUUCGGACUCCCCAUCGUUGAUCCCAAAAAUUUCAGCCGAACGACGUUUCACAUCAGCUCGUCCAAAAUGAGAACCAGCCCGUCCCCUGUGUCUCCUUAUCAAGAAAAGGGCAGCGGGCUCAAACCUCCCACCCCGGCCUCCCUCUGGUCCUCUCAGAGACACUUGUGGUCUACAGACAAAACAUUGAAGACCCCCGUGACCAGCCCCGCUUUAAACCCUUUCUCCGUCGUCGUUUCCGCCAGGCAGCGUCAGGGCGCGGCCAGCACGGUGCACGUGCCGCGAGACAAGAGCGUGUUUGUCGAGCUGGAGUCGGGUCGGACCAACCACGUCCAGGUGCAGAGCAGGCAGAGCGAUGAGGGAAAGGCCAGGGCAGACGAGGGCAGAGCUGCUAGAGACGCACAACUAGAAGAAGCUGAGGAGGAGUUUCUAGAUGAGUCAGAGGGUGACAGUCCAGAGAAGAAGCAGAGCACUUUGUGUGAAGGUGUGCCUCGCCCAUGCAGGUCGUUGUCCUGCGCCAUCGACCCCGGCAUCGUCUUUCAGCCGUGCAUCGCUCUUUCCUCGGAGGAGCGCAGCAGCAUGUUCGGGAGGAGAUACCAAAAAAAGACCAACAAGAUGAUACUUAGCGUCAAAAGAAAGCUUCAGUUUGUUCCGGUACACAGGUACAGUAUGCAUUUGUUUGUGUGUGUUUGUGUUUAACGGCCUAUUGGUUCAAAUCACCGUCUUGUCUUUUUACAGGAGGAUUGACGAGAGCAGAAUGUAGGGCUUGACUCGUUAAACACAAAAGUGAAUGUUGGAUUUUUGUUUGUUCGUUUUACAAAUGGAUGUCAGUGUUACGCGCGUGUACCCGUUAACUAGUGGCAGAGUUUUCUGUCUUCAUUUGUUCUCGUCUCCGUUGAUGAUGUGACCUUUCCAGCCAUGUCGCUGCUGUUUGCACUUUAUUGUUUGUGUGUGUUGCCUUUGAACUGUUCAAGUUGUUUCUUGGUUAUACAGUACUGUAAUACAGCUGUUACUCUUACAGGAUGUGGCGAAUGGUUUCUUCUUUACAUUUUUCAGCCUAAAAUAGACCAAGUGACAAAAAGAGUUUGGACAAAAUGCUUUUACAGUGGAUACUUUUACAGUUAUACCAUACAAAUUAUACUGUGAUGAAAAUAUCACAAUAUAUUUAUAAUUUUUAGGUCAUUUGUGUGUU